AUGAGGCAAGCCGUCGUGAUACUAGUAGCCAGUAGUGGCGCCUUCACGGCACCGCGGCGACGCAUCCAAAAAACGCUGCUGCGCUCGACGCCCUACGACGCGCAAAAAGAGGCGUAUUUAGCAGAACCCGAGUUCGACGCCGUUUCAUUAAGGCAGUGGCGCCGCGAGACGCUGGUGCGGUACAACAACGCGAACCAGUCCGAACCGCUGCGGGUCGUGCUCUUCUUUUUGCUCGCGCUGGCUUUACUGGGUUCGAACCAGCUCGCCGACGCCGUCGGCGCGCCGCCGCCGGAGCCGUACCCCGCGUAUUUACUGGGCGGGCUCGCCGCGGCCGCGGGCUUCCAGGACCAGCGCAACAAGCGGACAAGACGGUUAACCAAGAUCGAGCGCGAGGCGGCCGUCGGGGAUUUAGAAAUAUCGAUGAAGCCCGCGGCGGCGCGCGUCUUCCCCGGCCUGUCCGAGACGGCGUCGCUGCGGAGUUUGCGACGGUCGGCGCGCGUCCUCGCGGUCCUCUGCCCCGACGAAAGUAGUUUUACGGCCUUCACGGACGAGUGCCGCGCUUUACGAAGACGCCUCAAGCUGAGUUCGACGAUCGUCCUCGGUGUCAGAGGAGACGGCGCCACGGACCAAGACGCGUCCUUCGUCCCGCGGCGCGGUUCCGAUCUGCUCAAAACCUUCGGCGAACUGUUGAACGAAGACGCGUCCUGGGGCGACUUCGAAUUUCAAGAAAAGAAGGCCGCCUGGUUCGCUUUGUCCUAUGCGGGGCGGUCCGUCGGCUCGGGCACCGGCGCGCCCGACUUCCUGGAGCUGCUCGGGAGUCUCCUGCCGCCGCGGGACUUCGUCGAGCCCCUGCCGCCGCUGCAGGGCGGCACGGGGCCGCUCGACGCGCAGAAGGUUUUUUAUGAUGCGUUGACGUCGGGCGACCUCGCCGCGAUGCGCUCUGUGUUAAGCGACGGCGCGGCGCCGCGCGUCUCGGCGGCCUUGGAGGCCGGCGCCCGCCUCGACCCCUGGGAAAGUCAACUGCGGGCCGACGCGCGGCCGUCUUCACUAAAAGUGGGCGACGCCGACGAGUUUGUGAAUGGCGACAACGCGUACACUACUUGUGUGGAGGAGACGGGCAACGGGGCGACGCUGCUGGCGUACCAGAAGUGGACACUCGUCGAUGGGGCAUGGAAGCUCCUGUCGCACGAGACGAUCCCCUUCGCGCCGGGCUCGCAGGCGGGCGCGGUCCUGAAGUGCGACAAGCGCGGGUGCAUCGCUCUUGUUCGUAGGCAGCAGGGAAACAUGCGCGACUAA